AUGGGAGUACAAAAUUUUUGGCAAUUAAUUGAAUCAACCGGUCGACCGGUUAAUAUGAAUAAAGGUUUAGAAGGAAAAAUAUUAGCAAUUGAUAUUAGUAUUUGGUUACAUCAAGCGGCUAAAGGCAUGCGUGAUAGACAAAAUCCACAUAUACUUUUAUUAUUACAUCGUAUUUGUAAAUUAUUACAUUUUAAAAUUAAACCAAUAUUUAUUUUUGAUGGUGGAGUACCUGAAUUAAAACGACGAACACUUGUAAUUGAAUCAUUACCACCAAUACCAACUGAUGAUCAAGAAAAAGAUUUAUUUGAAUUGCCAGAUACGCAUUUACGUUCACAAUUAGUCGAUGAUGAUGACAAUGAUAUUGAAGGAGACGAUGAUGAUAUUAUAGAAAAUACUGAACUUGAACCAGUAGUUAAACUUAAAAAACAACGGACAACUUGGUCAAGAAAACGACCGGAUUCUAAUACGAAUUAUCAUUAUGUUCUACCUAAGUUUAGCGAUUUGGAUGAUAGUGCACUUAAUAAUUUACCCGUUGAAAUGCAACAUGAAAUUCUAAGUGAUAUGAAAGAAGGUCUUAAACGUGGUCGACAUCAAGUUGAAGAUAUGCCUCAAAAAAGUGAUGAUUUUUCAGAUUAUCAAGUGCAAAAAUUACUUAAACAAAGUUUGGUUUCACAAAAAAUUUUUAAUCUUAAUAAAGCUAUGAAACGACAAAAAUUUGAUAUUCCAACAGAAUCAAAUGCUAAAGUUUAUGCAGGUAAAUUAGCAUCAGAUGCUACUACACAAUAUAUUCUUAUUAAAUCUGAUACUGCACAAAAACCUACACCGGCAAAUUUAUCAACAAUUUCAUCAACGUCAUCAUUGAAUUCAUCGUUUAGUCGUCAAUCAACUAGUGAUUUUUGUGCUGAUAGUAUGAUGAAUCGAGAUCCUUGUAGUGCAUUUACACAACGACGUAGUACAACCAUUGAAACUGAUUCUAUAAUUCCUACUAAUAUUCAUGAAUCAUCACCUAUUAAAGAACAAUCAAUAACGACAAAUACAAGCCAAUCUCUAUUGAAAGAAUCACCGGUUCAGAAAGAUAUUCAUUUUGAAUUAGAAAAACAAAGUCCAAUAGAAAAAUCAGUUAUUCAAAGAACUUCUUAUGAAGAGGAUAUUGAUUUAGAAUUAGCUAUUCAAAGAUCAUUAGAAGAUCAACAGGAUUCGAUUAUAAAAGAAAAGAAUGAUAUUUCCAAUAUAGUUGAAUCUUCAUCAGAUUCUGAUGAAUCUGAUUUUAUCGAUGUCCCAGUAUUACCAAAACAACGUGAACCAAUCAUUCUUCCACAAUUCGAAAAUGAUGAAAGUCAUGAUAGAAUCGAAACAAGUCAUAAUACUACAUCAUCAGAAUUUAUUGAACUUGAUAAUGAUAAUGAAACUAGUCAUAGUAGUAGUGCAGCUAUUGAUGAUAUUAAAAUGUAUAUUGAAGAUAAUAAAGAAGAAUCAUCAGUAGCUG